AGAUACACAUACGUCGGUUCAGUGCGCGAGUCCAUCGGUGCAUCGUAACUCUAAGAUUUGCUUUAUAGUUUUAGUUAAAAGCAAAAAUUAAUAUUAAAUGACAGUGCACAGUAAUGAAACCGGUAUCUGUUUAGUAAUGAAUGCCGUUUCAACUCACCUUGCCACCUCGUCGCCCAACACGCCUCCAACCAACGCUCCGCAGAGUCCGCCCUCGACGCUGCCCACGCUCGCCUGUCCCGCCGCCCAGCCGCUGAGUGCACCGGGAAUCGCCGGGCCAGGACACAGUGGCAUGGUGACCUCGACGGUGCCGCCGGGCGCACGCUCCACCUCGCCGUGCGGUCCGUCCGCCGGCCUGCCCGCCCUCUCGCUGGUGGGCGCCCCACCACCGGGACCACACUCCUCCGGCCCCGGUGGAGCACCGGCGCCCGGAGCGGGCAACCCGCCCAACCGCUGCUGUGAUACGGGUCGCACCAUCUACACGGAUCCGGUCAGCGGCCAGACGAUCUGCUCCUGCCAGUACGACAUGCUCAACUACCAGCGACUAGCCGCCGCCGGCGGAGUUCCGCUCGGCGUCUAUCCGGAGGGCAUGUCCGCCUACCUCUCCGGGAUUGCGGCGGAUCAGCCGCCGUUCUACGCCAAUCCGGCUGGCAUCGAUCUGAAGGAGAACCUGGUGGCCGGAGCAUCGCCCUGGCCAUAUCCAUCCAUGUAUCAUCCAUAUGACGCGGCCUUCGCCGGCUAUCCGUUCAACAGCUAUGGCAUGGAUUUGAAUGGGGCCAGAAGGAAGAACGCCACCCGCGAGACCACCUCCACGUUGAAGGCCUGGUUGAAUGAGCACAAGAAGAACCCGUAUCCCACCAAGGGCGAGAAAAUAAUGCUGGCCAUUAUCACCAAGAUGACGCUGACGCAGGUGUCCACGUGGUUCGCCAACGCGAGAAGAAGACUGAAAAAGGAGAACAAGAUGACCUGGGAGCCCAGGAAUCGCGUCGACGACGAUGACGCCAAUAUCGACGAUGACGAUGAUAAGAACACCGAGGAUAACGAUCUGCUAGACGCCAAGGACUCCGGGGUUGGUUCCACGGACGACAAAGACCGUUCCGGUCGCCUUGGCGACAUGAUGACCGACCGUCCCGGCGAGAGCAACAACAGCGAGUGGUCCGAGUCCCGGCCAGGAUCGCCCAAUGGAUCACCGGACCUGUACGACCGCCCCGGCAGCAUGCCGCCGGGCGCCCACCCACUCUUCCAUCCCGCCGCCCUGCACCACCACUUCCGGCCACCGGCGGGAUCCCCGCCAGACAUCGCCGCCUACCAUCACCACCAGCAGCAGCUGCUGCAGCAGCACCAGCAGGCGCAGCAGAACUCGCUGCAGACCGCAGUGGGGGGCACCGCGAAGCCAAGGAUCUGGUCGCUGGCCGACAUGGCCUCCAAGGACAGCAAGGAUUCGAGCUCCGGCGCCAAGGAUAACCACCCAGAGCUACCGCCUGCGCAUCCCGGCUUCUAUGGACACCCCGGCCAGCAGCCCUCGCCCGGCAAGAUUCUAUCGCCCCUCGCAGCAAGGAUUCCCAACUAUUCACCCUAUGUCCGCCCGGACUUGUAUCGUGGCUUCUACGGACCAGCUGCAGCGCAUCUGAGUGCUCCCACGCAGGAAUUCCUCGAGCAUCAGCGCACAUUCGGUGCCAGCUUGGCGGCCCACAAUGGACCGCUGGGCAUGAAUCCGUUGCUGUGGAAGGCGGCCGUAUCCGGAGCCGCCAAUGGACCCCACUUUGCGCCGCUCAGUCUGACCACCUCGGGUGGAUCGAGUGGAGGACAGCAGGUGGCACCGCCGCCAGUCGCCUCGCCCUCCGCCUCCAGUUCGUCCUCGUCGAUGGGCUGCGAUGUGGUGCACAUACCCACGAGCAGCGGACAAUCGGCUGCGCAGCACAUGAUGGGACCAAUAUCCAGCAACUCCACCGCCUCGUCAUCCAGUUCGCACUCCGGCAAGAUAUCGCCCGGCGUGAAUGUGACCUCGCUGAGUGCAAAGCCAUGACAUCCAUCGGCGGCAUCUCCGGAUCCGGAACUGGGUGCGGCCCCCAUCGCCUCGCCCAUCUCCGCCUUCCGCUCGCUGAUCGCCUUCCGGGAGCAGCAGAAGCUAACGCUCCUGCGGCCGUAGUCACUCCCAGUUUCGAAACCCAUUUCGCUUUCGAUUUCGAUUCCGAUUCAGAUACAGAUUUCGAGGCCCGGGCUUGAAAGGUAUAAUUACACUUUCGGACAAUAAUUUACAAUGUGAUUAUUCGGUAUUUUGAUUAACGCCGCUUAUACCAAAUAGCAAGCAAACGACAAACAAAUAUAACCAGCUGAAACGCAGCGGUUACCCUUUGGCAUGGGCCCCCAAAACAAAAAUUUGAUUGAAAACACUGCAAAAAAAAAAGAUGAAAGAUGCAAACAAUUCGAUAAGAACAAAAAAAAGUGAAACACACCCAACCCGCUGCCCCAGACGUUGUGCAAUUUUGUGGAGAAGAUAAUCCAAAAACCAUUCGAAGAUACGUUAAUUUAAUUACAUACAACUUAUGCAAUCAGAGCUUAUAGGAUGUAAAUUGGAAGAUAUAUAGCAGGGCGACAUCAAUGGAUACAAUGAAUACAUACAUACAUACAUACCCGACCACUAACAUAUAACCGAGAGAUGGCAGAUGGCAGGUGGCAGAUAGCAGAUAGCAGGUGGCACGUGGCAACUGGCAGAUCCGAAACUCCCACUAAAUUAUAGAAGCACACAUCCUGGCAGCUAGGUCCACUUCUAUCCGGUAGAUUACGAUUAUAUCAUUGCUUUUUUGAUCGAUUUGAGUUCGAAAAAACUAGCGGUACCCCUUCAAGGCCCUGUGGCAGGAGCCCCAAAAACAUAUCAACCCAAAUCUGCUGAUGACCCCACCCAAUCCAAUCCAAUCCAAUCCGAUCCUUAACCAUCCCAAUCCUCUCAUUUCCCAAUCGAGCGAGCCCAAACACCCAAGCCAAAUGUACACGAGCAAUCAUUGAUUUAGCUGUUAUUGUUUUUAUCGUCUUAAGUUACCAAUUUGUUCCUGUCGUUUAUAAAUUUAAUUUAUUUUACUUCGUAUGUACCAUAAUUUUCUACGUGUGUAAUUAUUUCCUAAACUAGAGAUCCAUGUAUUGCUGUACUUUAUGCACAAGUUGUAAGUAUGUAAGCUCGCGUAAUUGUAGCGCCCUAAGCGUAGUGUAAAUUAGUAAAACUGUAUAUACUUAUAAUAAAAGAACGAUACUGAGACACAUUAAACAAAAGCCACAAUUAUUGGUAUAAAUAAAACAAA